AUGGCAUGGCAUUGGCUGGCACUGGUCCCCUUCCUCCUGACAGCAGUUUCAGGCAACACAGCCCCCUUCUUCAACAAGAUCUUCUUCACUGUGCCUGAGGACCUACAGCUGGGUCAGCAAGCUUUCCAGCUAGAGGCUGUUGACAUAGAUGAGGAUCCACUCACCUACAGCAUCUACGGGGCAGAUGCCUUCUACUUCUCUGUUGAUGCUGUGACAGGCAACGUGACCCUGAGGAACUCCCUGGACCGUGAGUUGCAGGCCAAGCUCACCAUCACUGCUGAGGUGUACGAUGGGAAAAACGACCCUGUCUCAGCGAGAGUCACGAUCAUUGUGGACGACCGCAAUGACAAUGCUCCAGUCUUCCAGUACCUGCCAUAUGAAAAGACCAUUCCUGAGAACACAACACUAGGCAGCAUCAUCUACACUGUGUUUGCCAAUGACAGUGACACUGGGAAUGCCUCCAAAGUCAGCUACAGCAUUGAGGAGGUAAUCCCAGACAGCACAAAGAAUCUCUGGCUCUUCUACAUCCUGCCCAAUGGGAGUGUGGUACUCAACGGCUCACUGGACUACACCAAGAACACUUUCUACCAGCUCAGGAUCCUCGCCACGGAUGGUGGUGGGUUGCUGCACAAUGUAAUGACAUUCCAGAAAAGUUCAACCUUCUUGUCACUGACCAUCCGUGAUGUGCCCAACCUGGACCCACGGUUCCUCAAUGAGCCCUACUCUGGCUCUGUGCCUGAGAACUGUGCCCUGGGCACCACUGUGCUGACUGUCACUGCUGUGGAUAGAGACACAGGGGUGAAUGAUGAAAUCUUCUACAACAUAACCAAUGCCAGUGUCCCCUUUGCUAUCAAUGCCACAACGGGCACCAUCACUGUGAGUUGGCCCCUGGACCGUGAGCAGCUGCCAAGUGAGGAGAUUCUGCUGGAAGUCAUAGCACGCGAGGCAAACCUGAACAUCUAUGGCGAGGAGGCCAAUGCCAGCACGCUGGUGACGGUUGUGGUGACCGAUGUCAAUGACAACAAGCCCCAGUUCUACAAGUGUUCACUCUUCAGCUGCAACUUCUCCACUGAUGCCCAGAACAGCUUUAGGGGAAACAUCAUAGAACACUCCUCCCCUAGGCUGCCUGUGUCCAACCUCAGCAUCAUCACCCAUGACCCAGACAAGGGCAUCAAUAGCAGUUACAAGCUGUACCUGCAGGGUCUGGAUGCCAGCGCCUUCACUGUCUCCCCCACAGAGAUCAUGGGCACAGGGGAGGUCCAGAUCCUGGUGCAGACCGCGUCCCUUGUGGACUACGAAAAAAGCCACAUCAUGGUGGUGCAGAUCAUUGCUAAUGACACAGGGAACCCCAGAGACUGCUGCUCCACAGCCACUGUGACCAUCGACAUCAUUGACAGCAACGACCACAUCCCUGAGUUCCCCCAGAGCAUUUACAACUUGAGUGUGAUGGAGAACAGCCCUAAUGGCACCAUCAUCUCGACAAACAUCACGGCCUACGAUCCAGACAGUGGUGUCCUGGGCGAGAUCACCUAUUACCUGCUCCCAGAAAGCAUCCAUGAAGUCUUCAUGGUGAAUGCCACAACUGGGGCAGUGCUGGUGCAGAACGAGAAUUUGCUGAAUCGGGAGACUCACUCCAUCUACUAUGCCAACCUCCAAGCUAGGGAUGGGGGCAACCUGGUGGGCACCACAGUUCUGGAGAUCACUGUGCUGGAUGCCAAUGACAACAGACCCUAUGUCAUUGGCUCCUACUUUAUCUCAGUGGAAGAGGGGCAGAACAUCAGCACACAGAUCCAGGCCUUUGACAAUGAUGAGCCUGGAAACCCUAACAGCAAACUGGGCUACAAGAUCUUGCCAGGACCGUUCAGUGACAACUUCACCAUCGACGCAGACACAGGCGAGAUGCACAACAAGGAGCCGCUGGACCGUGAGGCCUUGGAAGAUGAGAGGGGGCAGAUGGUGGUGACAGUGGAAGUAUAUGACCAUGGCACACCACCACUCAGCACCUUUGUGAACGUCACUAUCACUGUGGGGGACGUGAAUGACAACGCACCCAUAUUCCUUAACCAAUCCUAUAAUUUCUCAGUCUUUGAAGACUCUCCAGGGUCCCUCGUGGGUGAGGUGCAAGCCACAGAUGCUGACAGAACGGAGAUCAAUUCCCGCAUUUCCUUCCUACUUCAGAGGCGCAAUGGCUCCAGCAACUUCUUGAUCCGCUCAUUACAUCUGGAGCAAGGGCACUAUGGUGGGCAGCUGUCCGUGGACCCUGACAUGUCCCUGGACUAUGACACUCUGCAGCAGAAGGUCUUUUUCUUGGAGGUGCUGGCAGAGAACACAGCUGCAAACAAUGUGGGGGACACUGCCACGGUCCCUGUGAACGUCCACAUCCUAGACAUCAAUGAUGAAUCCCCCUCCAUCCUGCCUGACUCACUGAGAGACGUGAGAGUGAGCGAGAACAACACUCAGCAGGGCGUAGUCCGCACACUGCUUGCCUCUGACCCAGACACCAACCACUCGCUGGUCUUUGAGGAGCUGGCAGUUGCCUGCUUCAAGGGGGAAAACAGUGCCAAGGAGGUGUGCUGGGACUGGUUCGUGCUAGCACCCAAUGGCUCAGUGCUGGUGAACAGCUUGGACAUUGACUACGAGCUGUGUGACACAGUGGUGCUCACACUGCGGGCUGAAGACCUGUAUACCGAGAAGGGCAACCCCUACAGCCGCAAUGAAACCCUGAGGAUACUCAUCACUGAUGUGAACGACAAUGCACCAGUCUUCCAGCCUAUCUUGGAGACCUUUGUGGUUGUCCCUGAAAUCUCUCCUGUGGACCUGCAAGUGGCUACUGUGAAGGCCACAGAUGCUGACACGGGGAUGAGGGGAGCCAUCACCUUCUCCAUUGUCAGUGUGGUGCUCAUAGAUGACAACGGGGUCAGCCGGCCCUUUGAGAACCUCUUCAAAGUGGUGACGAUAGCUGAGAAGGACAGCUACAUCGGGAGCAUCCAGGUGGCCAGCAACCUCGAUGGCUCACUGAAGGGGCAGUACCAGGUGACAGUGGAGGCUCAGGAUGGUGAAGCACCAGUGCACACAGCACAGACUGCGCUGAACAUCUUUACAGUAGAUCAGAGCUACCGUGUUCGCCUCCAGUUUGUCACAACAGUGGAUGAAGUCCAGAGUAACUCUGAAAAGAUCAAACGGGCCCUGACCAGCGCCACCAAGGCAGGGGUCUACGUGGUAGCCAUCCAGACCGUGGAGAACACUCGUGCCUCAGGGGUGGAACCCAAGUCAGUGAUGGAGGCCUACUUCGUGUAUAGCAAUGGCACCGCCCUGGACGUCAACCAGCUGAGCAUGCUCAUUCAGUCCAACCCGCUGAUCCUCGCUGAGCUGGUGAACUUGGGCCUGGCUGUCAUCGGCCCAGGGCAGGUGACAAAGCCCAGCAGGGAGACAGAACUGAUCAGCAUCAUCGCAGGGCUGGCAGCAUUCCUGCUCAUCUUCAUCUUCAUCAUGACCCUGGUCUUGGUUCUUACCACCAGGAGCUACAAGAGGAAGCUGAGUGCAAUGAAGGCUCUGAAGGUGGCCACAAUGUUCAGCCCUGCCAUGGCACAGCAAGGAGCUGGCAUCCCUGGGACCAACCAGUACAAUGCAGAGGGAGCCAACCCCAUGCUGAACCUCUCACUUGAUCCCUCCCACGACCUGGGCUUCCACGAGGACUCCAGCUCUGUGGCCAGCAUGAAUUCCCUGGAUGAAAACACAGUAAACACAGCUGGGGACAAUAAUGUUGAGGCCAAGAAGGGCAAAGCACAGUUGAUGGAUGCCACCAAUGAGGAGGUGCUGGUGGCUGCCCUGAACCUGAAGGAACCCACCAAAACUGCAUACAUCAACACCACCUUCACCACCACAGACCUGUGA